AUGGUCAUGGCUGGGCACAAUUCCGGAGAGAACAGCACAUUUCCAUAUCAGCCCCUCCACGACACCAAGCGGCAGAUUCGCUUACUGGUCGUCAAUCGGAGUAACAAGGAGACUGGCAGACAAUAUAGCCUUCAAGUACGCUCACUCGAUAAGAAGCCUCGAUAUCGUGCCCUCUCCUACCAGUUGGGUACUGGAGCUCCAGAUCAUGCAAUAGAAUUCGACGACCGGGCCUUCUACAUUCGCAAGAGCGUCCACGAUUUCUUGCAUACCAUGCCAGUGGACGAUCUAAUCGGUGCAUGGUUCUUAGAUGCCAUAUGCGUCAAUCAGUCAGAUCAUCAUGAGCGAGCCGCGCAAGUGCGGCUCAUGGGUAUCUUGUACUCACGCGCACAAUCUGUCAUCGCCUGGCUUGGACCCGACCAUGCGGUAUCGGAGUCAGGAUCUUGGAUACGAGCUCGUAUAGCCUUCGCGUGGAUGACGCAUCCCACGGCAGAUCUUGGAGACUUGUUCAGAUGGCUGAGGAUGGAUGAUGAGGAUCUUGAGCACAUCUUGACUGCCAGACAAGCAGCGUCUCGACCAUACUGGACUCGACUCUGGGUUGUCCAAGAGGUGCUAUUUGUAAAAGACUUGCGCAUCAUGAUCGGCCAGAGCACAGUACCUGUGAAGUCUGUGACUGCUUGGGCCGAAGGCAAUCACUUCCACAGCUGGCGCUCGGAGUACUGGUCGGUACGCAGUCGACCUGCUUCUUGGCUAACGGCAUACGGUACUUUUGGCCGAGACAGCUUCGGCGGUAGCUUGACAUAUCCUUUAUAUAAAGCCCUUAUCACUUUUGGCACGCAAGGAUCGCUUGACCCCAGAGAUACUGUCUUUAGCAUACUUGGUCUUGCCACGACGAACAUAGCGCCGGAUUACGAUCUCACAAUAACCGAGGUGUAG